GCCAAGUCCAGCCAAGUCAAUGUGGCUUGCGCCUCGACGCUCUGCUACCUACGUCACAGUCAAGUAUGUGCUCUCGAGUGUAGAAAAUGGCUGCUGCGCGCUCCACAAGUUCACAUCAGCGCGAAUUUAGUAAAUACAGCCUGUUGUGGCUCAGUCUUACGGUGUUGGUUGCUAAAAGUAUUGGUGUGGUCGGAAUAACAUGUUACUGCGACGGCCAUUGCCCAGAUGAUCGACAGAAUGGUACAUGUGAAGGAAAACCUGGAAGUCAUUGCUUUAGUGCCGUAGAAGAAGUGUGGGAUCGAGAAUUAGGUGAAUACGUGCCGGAGUUUUCAUUUGGAUGUUUACCACCAGAUGAGCAAGGUUUUAUGCAAUGUCAAGGAACGGCUGUACCACAUCUCCGCAGUAAAAGUAUUCUUUGCUGCAAUAAAACUAAUCUCUGUAACAAGGAUAUUUAUCCAGAAUAUACUCCAAGACCAACAUCUCCACCAGAUCCAAUAUCUUUAGCGUCGGGUGCUCCUUUAAUUAUUUUAGCAGCUUCACUAUCAGUUUGUUUGAUAGUAUUUUGUAUUACUAUGGUUAUUAUCUACAGAAGAUACCGGAAGAAAGAACGCGGACCUUAUUUAGUGCCUUCUCAAGGAACUUUGAAGGAUUUAAUUGAUCAAAGUUCAGGUUCAGGUUCUGGUUUGCCUCUUUUAGUGCAAAGAACUAUUGCUAAACAACUAGCAUUGUGCCAAUGUGUUGGUAGAGGAAGAUAUGGUGAUGUAUGGCUUGCACGUUGGCGAGGAGAAAAGGUCGCAGUUAAAGUGUUUUUCACGUUAGAAGAAGCAUCUUGGUUUCGAGAAACUGAGAUAUAUCAAACUGUGUUAAUGAGACAUGACAAUAUCCUUGGAUUCAUCGCUGCUGACAUCAAGGGAACCGGUUCUUGGACCCAAAUGCUUCUCAUCACUGAUUACCAUGAGAGAGGAUCUCUCCAUGAUUAUCUUCAAACAACUGUGCUUGACCAUUCAAGUCUUUUUACAAUAUGUCUAUCGAUAGCUUCUGGAAUUGCUCAUCUUCAUACGGAAAUUUUCGGUACUCGAGGAAAGCCUGCAAUAGCACAUCGAGACAUCAAAAGCAAAAAUAUUUUAGUUAAGAAGAAUGGAGAAUGUGUGAUUGCGGACUUUGGUCUGGCAGUUAGAUUUAUAAGUGAAAGUGGUGAAAUUGACAUUGCACCUAAUACCAGAGUGGGUACAAGAAGAUAUAUGGCACCUGAAGUUUUGGAUGAAAGCCUAAAUACAUCAUCUUUUGAUGCUUUUAAAAUGGCAGAUAUGUAUUCAGUUGGUUUAGUACUUUGGGAAGUUUGUAGAAGAUGUAUAACUGGUGGAAAAGUGACUACUGCUGAACCAUAUGCUUUACCCUACCACGAUGUUGUGCCAAGUGAUCCAGAUUUUGAGGACAUGAGGCUCGCUGUUUGUAUCAAAAGACUUAGGCCAGUUAUACCAGCACGAUGGGACCUUGAUCCAGUCCUUUCAGCGCUAAGCAAAGUUAUGGUUGAGUGUUGGCAUGGUAAUCCAGCCGUCCGAUUAACUGCCCUCAGGGUGAAAAAAACUUUGUCUAAAUUACACAUCGAUAAUGCCAUCAAGAUAGUAUAAGUUUUCUUUAAUUACUCAAACAAACGUUGUAAAUAGUUGUUCAAAUAAUGACAAGGCAAUUUAUUAUUAUUAUUUUUUUUAAAUACGAUUUAUACAUCGUAAGAUAUAAAUAGUAUCUUUUGUACAUAUAUAUUUCCUUUGAGAUGUAUAUAAAAUUAAUGACAGACUGCAGCCAGAAGAAGACUGAGGUUACACUAAAUAAAAAGAAAAAGGGUGAAAAACAUUUUUAAAAUCUAAAUAAGUAUGUGAAUGAAGUAAAUAACAAAUAUUUCAGUAAAUAUUAAAAUGUCAUGAAUGUGUAAAGUAUGCGUUAUUAAUAAAUAGAUUUUUGAAUGUGA